GACGAAGUAGACAGACACAGAGCAGAAAAAGCUUACACUCAUAUCACUGAGCUUGGCUUCGCCAAUCGCCAUUGUUGUUCGAAAUCUAAUUUCUGCUUGUCAAAACCCUUUGUUGAUUUUUGUUUUCGUUGUCGAUCAUUGCGUCAAGCUCCUUCCUUUCGAUCUGAAUCAUCUGAUCUCUGACCCUCUUCGAGAUCUCACUAAUAAGAAUUUGAGAUUGAGUUUGUCAACAGAAUCACGAGCCUCGCUCUUGGCUCCUUUCUCUUACGAUAUCUAUAAAUGUUUUGUUGAUUCCGUAAUUGGCAAUUACGAAUGACUGACUGAUCUCUUUCCUGAUUUGGAUUAUUCUUGGAGUUUUGGGUACCUAUAAAUGUGAAUCUCUUUAUGGCUUGAUUAGGUAAAUGUUAGUUGGAGUUUUAGGAGGAGGAAUUGGAUGUAUAGUGUAGAUUUGCUUACAAGAAAGCUAUUGUUUUGAUCCUUGGGACCAUGAAGGUUGCCUCAUUUUUUGGUCUUAGACCACGGAUCAGCGGGUUACUUUUCUUGAUCAUCGGUGUUAUUGCUCUCAUUACAAUUUUAGUACCAAAUUCAGAUGAUUCUUCUACAACUUUAACUACGCGAGUGCCCCCACACAACAUUUAUAGUAACUAUGGGAGAAUAAAGGAACAAGCAGCUAUUGAUUAUCUAGAUCUAAGGUUUUUCUCCUUAGGGGUUAAUCGGUUAAAAGAGUUUCCUUUAUGUGGUAAAGAAAGAGACAACUAUGUUCCUUGCUAUAACAUUACAGAGACUGAUCGGAAUUGUGAGUUUGUAAGAGAAGGGGAAAGAUGUGUAGUUCGUCCUCCAAGGGAUUAUAAAAUACCACUUCGAUGGCCUGUUGGUAGAGAUAUUAUAUGGACUGGGAAUGUGAAGAUUACUAAAGAUCAGUUUCUUUCAUCAGGAACUAUGACUAAAAGGCUAAUGUUGCUUGAAGAGAAUCAAAUUACAUUUCACUCGGAAGAUGGCUUGAUCUUUGACGGGGUCAAAGAUUAUGCUUUUCAAAUUGCUGAGAUGAUUGGAUUAGGAAGCGAUACUGAGUUUCCUCAAGCUGGUAUACGGACUGUGUUAGACAUCGGUUGCGGAUUUGGUAGCUUUGGUGCACAUCUAGUGUCUUUGAACGUGAUGCCUAUAUGUAUAGCAGAGUAUGAGGCAAGUGGAAGCCAAGUCCAGUUAGCUCUAGAGAGAGGCCUUCCUGCAAUCAUUGGAAAUUUCUUUUCGAAACAGCUUCCAUAUCCAGCUUUAUCAUUUGACAUGGUCCACUGUGCUCAAUGUGGGAUUACUUGGGAUAUAAAAGCAGAUGCAAUGCUACUCUUGGAAGUGGAUCGUGUUCUCAAGCCCGGGGGUUAUUUUGUUUUGACCUCUCCUACAAGCAAAGCACAGGGAAAUUCUCCUGAAACUAAGAAAACAAGUAUCUCAACACGAGUGGAUGAGUUAUCUAAGAAAAUCUGCUGGAGUCUCUCAGGUCAGCAAGAUGAGACGUUUCUUUGGCAGAAAGCAGCAGAUCCAAAUUGCUACUCAUCUCGCUCGCAAGCUUCUAUACCUCUUUGCAAAGAUGAUGAUAGUGUUCCGUAUUACCAACCCCUUGUUCCAUGUAUAAGUGGAACCAAGACCAAACGCUGGAUUCCUAUUCAGAAUAGGUCUAAAGCUUCCGGAACAAGUUUGUCUGAGCUUGAAAUUCAUGGUAUUAAACCUGAAGAAUUCGAUGAGGAUAUACAAGUAUGGAGAUCAGCCCUGAAAAACUAUUGGUCCUUGCUUACACCUUUGAUUUUCUCAGACCACCCAAAAAGACCUGGUGAUGAAGAUCCUGUCCCACCUUUUUACAUGAUACGCAAUGCCAUGGACAUGAAUGCUCGUUACGGGAAUCUGAAUCUCGCCUUCCUCAACCAAGGAAAAUCAGUUUGGGUGAUGAAUGUUGUCCCAGUUAAAACACGUAAUACUCUUCCUAUAAUACUUGAUCGAGGUUUUGCUGGCGUUCUACAUGACUGGUGUGAACCAUUCCCUACUUAUCCGCGAACAUAUGACAUGCUUCAUGCCAAUGAACUUCUCACACAUCUUAGCUCAGAACGGUGCAGCCUAAUGGACUUGUUCUUGGAGAUGGACCGGAUUCUCCGCCCUGAGGGAUGGGUUGUGCUAAGUGAUAAGCUUGGAGUGAUAGAGAUGGCGCGUACAUUUGCUGCUCGUGUACGCUGGGAAGCAAGAGUCAUCGAUAUUGAAGACGGUAGUGACCAACGGCUCCUUGUUUGCCAAAAACCUUUCCUAAAAAAAUAACUCAAAAGAAAAAAAAAA